AUGGAGUCCGCACGAAACAAGAUGCAGAAGGUUCUACAGUUUGCUAGCGAGCAUCGCCAGCGUAUCUUCCGCAUCUCUUAUAUCGCACUUGUGCUUCCGAUCCUGAUUCUCACCGUAAUUCCUCUUCUAUCGCCCAUCUUUCUCCACCUCCCUAACGCCGACGUUGUCGAAUUCCAACUCUACAGAUCUUCAGCCACAAUUGAUAUUGGCUACCACAGCAUCUGGUUGGGCCACUCUGAGCUCAAAUCCCAAGACCCUUACGUUUAUGUCUACCGUGAAGGCUACAUUAGCACCAUUGGUCGACACCUUGAUGGCAAGACACUCGCGCAACGAUGGGGUGAAGUUGCUGGCGCGGGACCUGAGGUCUAUCAGCAGCUUGUGAAGGAGUUUGAUAUGGCGUUGAACCUUCAACGUAACGCAUUCUACCCUGGUCUUCUUAUUGCAGCUGGAGUCUUCUGGGCACUUGGCGUUGGUCUUCUCGGUACUACCUCGCUGUUCAGAAGAAGACAAAAGUCCUGGGCUCUUAGGGCAUACAAAGGUUUUGCUGUUAUUGGGUCUCUCUUCAUCCUUGUGGCCACUAUCUGUACGACUGCUAGCGUGAACGCUGUUGUGGAAUAUAUCGGACCCUACAACAUGAGUGGACGCUUGGGAGCUAUUCUGGCCGUGCAAUGGGCUGCUGCCGGUGCUAUGGCUGUACAUGCUUUGCUUGCAUUCGCCGUUGCUGGAGACGUACAAGACCAAUCGGAAGGCGCAAUCAGACUCGACGACUAG